CACACACACACACACACCCCAUUCUCUCCCGUGACAGCGUCUAGGCUUUUUUCUCCCUCUGUUCCUCCUUCCUCCUGCAGUCCUGUUUCGCUGUGGUUCCGGCUCUAACUCCCCAGGAGGAUCCCAGAAUAGCCAUUACAUCCUCUUCAGUCUCCAUCCCAUCCAAAGAAGACCUACCGUGCGGGGAGGGAACAAACCACAGUCCUCCUCCCCCCUCUUCUCCCCCCCCCCCCCCCCGCCAAAAAAAAAAAAAAAAAAAGAAAAAGAAAACGAAACAGGAGGGUUCCAGUUCAUAGGCUCUGAGCGGCGGUCUACCUCUGCUUGAGAGGCGGGGGCAGAAAGAGUCGUGGGAGAUCGCAAUUCGGUUGGCUCUCCUCCCGCUCCUGCGCCCGGGCUGGAGAGAGUGGCGGGUGCCCGGACACAUCCGCGCUGAGCCCCGCUGCAGCACGCUGCUGUAGCUGCUCACCUAUCUCGGACCGCCUCGGACUCCCUCUUAUUCCCGGCUCCUCCUCCGAUCCUCCCCUCUCAGUCCCUCCUCUCCCCGCCUCCACGAGCGGGAGCCGGACCCUGGCUCCACUCUUCAGGGUCCCUUCUUUCGAAGCUUCUCCGGAACGAGCGCGAUGGAGCUGCGAGCGCGGAGGUGGCUACGACUUUUCCUAGUGCUCCUCUGGGGUACUUGUCAAAGAACAAGUGGUUGCAAUGAAACGCUUAUGCUGGAAAGGUUGCCUGCAUGUGGCAAAGCAUUUGAAGACAUGAUGAAGAAAGUAGACACAAAGAAUUGGUGCAACUUGACUGAAUUUAUCACGUACUAUGACAACUUUACCUCUUGCACAGAACUUGAAACCAACAUUGUGGGGUGCUUUUGGCCUAAUCCCCUAACAGAGGGCUUCAUCACGGGAGUUCACAAACAGUUCUUCUCAAACUGUACAUCAGACAAAGUGCAUUGGGAAGACCCACCAGAUGAAAUUCUCAUUCCCCUGAUUCUGAUUCCUGUCCUGUUGACAGUGGGGAUGGCGAGCUUGGUGGUGUGGUGCAGUAAACGGAAUGAUGUUUUGGUGUAGCCUGCAUGUUCCUUUUUUGGCUUUCAUUGUUUUCUUUUUUUUAUUUUUCUUUUUUCUUUUUUUUUUGGGAAAAAAAACCCAGCAGAAGUCAAGCAUUAGGAAUCAGUGGUCUAUGGCGGUUUUAGCCUAAAUAGCUCCUAUGCAAAGGAAAUCUUUCUGGGUUUGCAAAGUCUUGAGGAAAAGCUGCCAUUUUGGAAUUUGGUUUGCAUCAUGAAACACCCGUUUUUAGUGAAGCAAAGACACUGAAUUUUAUCAGAUUUCUAAUUCUACCAGAAGUAAAAAUGGAAAUUUCUAGAGGAACUGACAGUAUCAAAGCUGCUGAAUACAAAAAAAAAAAAAUGAAAGGCAUUCUGGGCCAGUGAGAAGUAAGUUUGUUCAUUGUUUCUUGCUAACCAUUCAUCUCACAAAUAUCUAUAUACAGUUUGAGUCACUUGUCUUUGAGUUGGUAGAGGGCUUAUAUUGUGAACUUGAUACCAAAGGUCUUCUACUAUUGGAUUUCACAGAAGGCUAUCUCAGUUGUUUUCUUUGUAGCAAAAGGAAGAAAAUACAACCAAAGAUAAUUACUGCUGUUUUGAAGACAACACUUUAAAUAGCCACAUCAUACCUUUAAGGAGAAAGGACCAUAUCAUAUGAAAGGAUGAUAACAGAAAUGCUUUCUUGACUUGAGUAAGACAGAAUUGGCUUCAAGAAGAAUGCAGGCCCUUUUCUCACAAUGUGAAAGAGUAAAAGGAAAUGGACUGCCUUAAUUUACCAAGGAGUAAUGAAGGAGCUACACAUGCAUUAGAUCCCUUCAUUUGUUCUUUAAUUAUUAUUGUCACUUUUAUGAAAAUGAGUACUGACUGGUUUCUUCCCAUGCCUUCUUUUUACUCCCAAAGGGAUGGAGUGUACACAGUGUUCUAUAAAUAAUAGAGUACCCAGGCUGAGAUGCCUUUGAAAUGCUAACUGUCAGAAACUGGCUUUUUUUUUUUUUUUUUUUUUUUUUUUGAUAGAUAGAUUAAGGACAAGCAUCAAGAUGGGGGAAAAAAGCCACGAGGAAGCUUGUAACAGCCAGUGUGGGUUACAUAGAAUGGGGAAGAAAACAGCUCUUGCAAAAAAGUGGAAGAAAACCAUUUCUGUGUUGCUGUAAAAAUGUGGAUAUCUGUGUAUUUUCUGGAUAAUUGUUUUCCCUGUUCCCUUUGUGAGCCCUUUCUUGUCACUUCCCGAUUAUUCUCUAUUCCUUGUUGAGUGAGUAGUUCAGUUUAACUUCUUCAGCCAAAAUUUGUCCUCCUUUAAAUGUAUCUUUCCUAGGUCCCAAUUGGAUCUUUUAUUCUUAAGAGAGCAAGUGUGUGUUUGUAAUAACUGUGUACAUAAUUCCUAUAUGUAAGAUGUGUUUAUGGGUUGAAAUAUUCAGUGAUCCUGUUUUUUAAAAAGUCCCUAAGUAAAUGUAUUUGUUGUUGUUGAUUUUUUUGUCUUUCACACUAUUCCAGUAAACAGCAAAUGCUUUCACCAA